CUGGGUCCAGUCCUACAGUAAGGGUCAAAGUUUGUCCACGCGAAAAGCGAGUUACCAUUUCUACGAAUUUCCUUUGGUUGCUUCUGUUGGAAUCUUUUUAGUUACACAGUGUAAUAAACUGUAUAGAAUUUUCCGAUCUAAAAAUGGACGUAGUCGCAGCAGUCGUAAAGUACAAUCAGCAGACUUUAGGAAGAGAUAAACUUUGCAGGUAAGGGUCGAGUUAUUUGACGAUUGUCCUCUUUUUUAAAAACAUUGUUUACGUAGCUUCAAUCUUGUCGCAUGUGCGUACAUGCUUUAAAACUUACACACAUCAUUUUAACAAUUUUCCCUCUUUAAAAAUAUCUGCUCUGAAUUUCAGUGUCAGGUUGAUUUCAAGUUAAGAUUUUGUUCCUAGAAAUUCACAACACAAUCGUGGUCGAAAACCCUUUCCAUAUAUUUUUUGGUUCAAUUUUGAUCUACCAAACAACUAAACAAUUUAAGCUAAAUACGUUAAGUCUUACUGUUUACAUCACUGUUUUCAAUUGUUGUUACAUGGUGUAUAAAUCUCUGAUCAGGUAUUUUCUUCACUCGUUACCAAGAAAGUUUAAUUUUGUUACAUUUCUCAAUCGAUCAUAUAAGGUUACAGGGACAGCAUUUUAAAACAUUCGUAACGAUGUGGUGAAAUUAGCCAUUGCUCUCUGGUGUUUGCCAUUUCAUUUCGUUAACUUGUAGCAUACGCAAAAGCAGAUACUUGCUAUGUUUACUUUCGGGACAUCUCCGUAUCAGACCGUCUUUUCACGGGCUGGAGCGUGUUCAUUUACGUCGUCGCAACUUCCUAGGGGGCGUGUGAUUUGUCAUGCAAUCCAAGACUUACGUCACACGAAUUAUAUGCCUCAAAGUUAAUCAGCAAAAUGUAUGCAAAUUAUUUAAAAGAGUUGUUUAUUUAUAAUGUGCCAAUAUUUUUAAUACAAAAGUUUGGCUGUAAAUCAUACAUUAAAAUGGUAUGACUUCACUGACACCAAUAUCAUAAACUCUUCUACCCCCCAGAUGGUAGAGGAGAGAAUUGUGAGGUAAAUGUAAAUACAAUGCAAGAGGGGGAUGAAUUUUCAGAGGGGUGGGGAGGGUAAUGAAGCCAAAAAUACCUUACUGGGGGAGUAUGGAUAUUUCAAGAACAACUCAUAAAAUGAGGAAAGGGAUUUUGUUUAUAGAGUGGAUGACAUAAAGUUUAAAAUUUAACAUACUUUAUGGCCAAAGCAUUAUAUUGAUGACACAGUUUACUGUUUUACCAGGAUCAUCCAGUAUUCUUCCAGAUUAUCCAGUUAUCUACUAGCCCAGGCUGGUGCAGGUACAGAUCUUGUAAACAAAGCUAAGACUCUUGAUAAACAUGCCAGCACCUCAAGAAAACGUAAGUAAAAUUUACCUGUGGUAUUCAAUUACUGUAUUCAUACUCCAAGCCACAUUUGCCCACAAGAAUCUUCUAUAUGAAGGAGAUGGCCUCUUUAGGAAGAAAAAGAUGAGGAGUCAGCAAAUAAAUGGAAUUGUUUACUUCAGAAUCCAUAAAUAAAUGUAACCAGGGUUAUCAAUCACCUUUAAAUCAAGUCCAGUUUUGCUCUUGCAACAUCAAAUCUGCUCAGCCUGUGACUGUCUCCAGUCAUGUAAACUUUAGUAUUAGUUAGUGGUAGGGCAUCUGACCUAGUUACCAAAAGGUGAAAGGUUUGACUCCUCUUGGGAGUUUUUAUACACAGAUAUUUUCUUCAGUAUCACCUGUGUCACUAACUGAUUAAUUUCUCGAGUAUUUACCAGGCUUGGAUUAUACUCACCAUCACAUUUCUAUCACAUUAAAUUUUUAAUUGAAAGUAACUAGCAUUGGGGAGUCAGACUGAUUUGCUGGCCAUUUAAACAUCUGACACUUUUUUCAGAUUUACAAAUUUUUAAACAAGACAGAAGACGAGGUUGAAAUAGGAUUAUUAGAAAAGGGGUGUACCGGGUAUCUUUCUUUUUCUGAUCUGUACAGUGCACUGAUUUUGUACAUGUAUUUAUGAUGUUAAUUGAGUAAUAUCUAUUCAAAUGAGUCAUACUCUAGACUACUUAAUAAUUAUAGCUGAUUCAAUGAAGGUAAAUUGCUUUGGGCAUUGGGAAUUGCCCACUGACUGGAAGCUAUUGUUUGGUGGUCACUCAAGCAAAUCAUUGCAAUGAUUAAAAAGUUCUGUAUGCCCCUGCACUCCCAAUCCUCGAUUUCCAAUGAUCAUGCAAUUGCCAAUUACUUAGCAACCUUUAUUGAAAUAUAUGUGUGAUAUUCUGUUCAGUAUAAGGGGUUUUUUAUGUUCCUUUUUUCACCUCUGAUAUGUACUUACAAAUUUAGUUUUUAGGUUGGGAAAGAGCUUGGACAUGAUAAUGGGAGCUAUGAGAGCGAGAGACAUCCAUCACGACACCAUCCUGAAAGUGCUCAUCAUAUGCCGCCGCAUCACAUACACUGUCUAUUAUAUCAUUGAUCACGUGACUUGGGCGGCAAGAUUAGGACUUUACAAGUCUAAUCCUAAGGAAUGGUCCAAGUUUCAGGCCAAAUUCUGGGCAUUAGCUCUUGCCUUUGGUCUUCUGCGAAACCUUUAUGACAUCCUGAACCUAGUCUUUGUUCCAGUAAAGAAGCAUGAUGGCGAGGAAAGCUAUAGUCAAGGAAGUUCUGUCACUGCACGGCUUAUGUCACGCCCACAAGUGUUGCUAGAUACAGUGAAGAAUCUUGCUGAUUGCCUGUUGCCGUACAAUGUUAUGGGGGUGAUUGAGCUGAAUGUUGGCCUGGCUGGUUUGCUUGGAUUGACCUCCUCAAUAGCAGGAGCAAUUCCAGUCUGGAGUCCAAACAUGAAAUUGAAACCUUCCUAGAUACAAAUUUUUGAAAGAACUCGUUAGGACAGUAUAAUAUGCUAAGCGCAUAUAUUUUGCAGCUUGGACAAUCUUGCAUGUAUGGUGUAACCUUCAAUUCCCCUGGCUUUUUUUAAAAACUACUUUUAGAAAUUUGUUAUUAAUAUAAUUUAAUUUAUUGGUCAGCAUCAGGCAUUUGUUCAUCUGACAGCUAAAUGUUAAUUUAACCUCCAAAUAUUAUAAAUUAUCUCUUUUAUAGAAAUGGUUAGAAAUAAUAUUUAGUGGUAAUGUUUAGAGUAAUCAUAACUUAGGAUUUCUUAUUGCUAAUCAGAAUGAUUCGAUGAAACUUGGAGAAGGUUAUUUUGUGCAUGUGCCAGUUUUAAUCUGUUACAGUCCUGUCUUGAAUUUUUUUGGCAAGAAAGUACUAGCCUGCAUUGCAGACAUAAAUAUUUAACCUUGAUUUGUAAUGUCUGCGAAGCUGCACCAAUAUCCUUUUUCUGGGCUUUCAAGGGACUCAAAGAUUUACCGGAAGAACGUUUCGAAAUUCCUUUCAUCUUGAUUGGCAAAUCAACAAUGGCAUUUUAAAGAGGCCAAUCAUGGCCAGUACUCAAUCUGGGUAUGCUGCUGGGGGCCCAGAGCAAGGAUUUUGGCUCUGUUUGUGCAGACAGACUUAACCAGGGUUUAGUUUCAUCUGUGGUGCAGGCUAGAAAGUACAGGCCCUAACCUGAAAGCAGUGGCAAUGGGAAUGCAUACUAUACACAACAUUUUGUGCCGUGCUCAAUUUGUAUGUGCUUACAUUUCUCACUUUCAAGUCCAUGGACUACCAGAACAACAAUCAGUUCAUUAAGAGAAGUUAAGAAGCGUUUAUGGUUGCCAUGCAGUGUUAGCUAUUUUUUUGAGAUUUUUUUAUUUUCUGGAAUUUUUUUGCAUGGUAAAUUCAGUUUUCAGUUUUUAUUUUAAAAAAGAGGUGAUUAUUUAUUACUGUGUUUUUGGUUUUAAUGAGAUGGACCUUUGCAGUAAGGUAAAAUUUCUGCAAAGUUUAAAUCAUUGACAUCCCUCAUUGGCACUUCCAAACCCCUGGGGAGGGGGUACCUAACAAAGUGUUAUUUGGGGGAGGGGAGGGAAAGGCAGUUCUGCCUCGCGAUAACCCUUUCAUUAAAAAAAGAACCCCUUUCACAUACCUGUACUUAAGAAGAAUGAAUUGUUAAGCAAGUCUUCUUAUCAGUGUUAUGUAGCGUUUGAUCAUGAAAUUAAAAUAGUACAGCCAUAUAAAGGUGC